AUACAUCAUACCGUACAUCAUAUAUACAUGCAUGUGCAACAAAGAAGACAUCGUCAGUCAUAGGCAUCUAGGAAUACCUAUACCCCGAAGCCCUCACCUGCAAACGUCCCGACAACUACAAACGUCGCUCGCUCGCUUCCACACACACACAAGCACGCCCGCCCGCACACGAUACGACAAACAUCUGCUUCUUCUCCUCCUCCUACCACCACAAGUGUGUGCGCGCCUGCAUUAGUGUCUCGGUCACUACCGUCAUUGUCGUCGUCGUCUCCCCCUCCUGUCGAUAUAUAAAACAAAAAAGGACAACUCGCCGCCAUGACGAAGCCGCGUCGUGGGGUUCGCUUCCCCAACCGAGCCAACGGCCACGAAGGAAGAAGAUCGAGUAUGAGCGAGAUAAGUGAGGAUGGCUCUGGGUCGCCGCUGAGGGCGAGGGCCGCCGCCACAACGUCAACACAACUGGAUAAUAUCCGUGAGAAAACGAACGAAGCCGCCGCGCAGCCUACCGAGUACGAGAAGAAAAAGGCCAACUUCCUCGUCCGUACAUUCUGGACCUUUGUCAUGAUCGGGCUCUUCUUCGGAGCCCUGUUUUCCGGUCACAUCUACAUCAUCAUGUGCAUCACCAUUGUGCAAAUCGUCUCGUUCAAGGAGGUCAUUGCCAUCGCCAGCGUGCCCAGCCGUACCCGACAACUGCGCCCGACCAAGAGCCUCAACUGGUACUGGCUCGUCACCACCAUGUACUUCCUCUACGGCGAGACUGUCAUCUACUACUUCAAGCACAUCGUGCUCGUCGACCGCGUUCUCCUGCCCCUAGCCACCCACCACCGCUUCAUCAGCUUCGUGCUCUACGUCAUCGGCUUCGUCUUUUUCGUCGCCAACCUCAAGUCCGGCCACCUCAAGUUCCAGUUCACCAACUUCGCCUGGACCCACAUGGCCCUCUACUUGAUCGUUGUCCAGGCCCAUUUCGUCAUGAACAACGUCUUUGAGGGCAUGAUAUGGUUCUUCCUGCCCGCCUCGCUUGUCAUAUGUAACGACAUCUUCGCCUACAUUUGCGGCAUUACCCUCGGCCGUACCCAGCUGAUCCAGAUAUCACCCAAGAAGACCAUGGAGGGCUUCCUUGGCGCUUGGGUUAUGACCAUUAUCUGGGGCACAAUGCUGACGAACGUGCUGAUGCGCUCCAAGUACUUUAUCUGCCCUGUCAACGAUCUCGGCUCCAACAUCUUCACCGGCCUCGAGUGCGAUCCGAACCCCGCCUUCCUAAAGCAAACCUAUACUUUGCCCGACCUCUUCUUCCUCCCCGAAGGCACCAACUUCUCUUUUGACCUAGAACCCAUGCAAUUCCACAGCAUGGUUCUCGCCUCCUUCGCCUCGCUUAUCGCGCCCUUCGGCGGCUUCUUCGCUUCCGGACUUAAGCGCACCUUCAAAAUCAAGGACUUUGGCGACUCCAUCCCUGGACAUGGUGGCAUGACAGAUAGGAUGGACUGUCAAUUCAUCAUGGGCUUCUUCGCUUUCAUAUAUUAUCAGACUUUCGUCGCCCAGCACAAACUCAACUAUGGCAAUGUCAUGGAACUCGCCAUCACAGGCUUGUCGCUGGAUGAGCAGAUGGAGCUGGUGAAAGGUUUGAGCAAAUAUCUUGAAAAUCAAGGCGUACUUAAUUCCGAGAUCGUAGCAUCUCUUGACAGAGCUUUAAUAGCACGUCGGUAGAAACAAGUUAAUCUCGCUCUUUUUUUUUCCUUGACUUUAACGAAUAGACUCUUAUUCUUUGGCGGGCAAUAGGGGGGGCAAACAGGAGUGGACAUGCGUGUAAAGGAAAUGAGGAUGAGAGAGAGAGAGAGAGAGAAAAGAAACACUGGUUUUCAAAAGCUCAUGAGAGCACGGGAUGUCGAUUUUGUGACAAAAAGCGGCUAUAUGGG